AUGUCGACCGGAGCGAAGACGCGAGGGCAGAAAAGACGGAGAUCAGGGGCGAGAGACGUGUGGGAUUUGAUCGUGAAGUGCGACGAUAUUUGUUUCGUUCAUAUUUUGCCGAGAUUGAAUGGGACCGAUGUGAAAUUCUUGUACGAGGUGAAUACGGAGACGAGAGCUUUGAUUAAGAGAUCGUCUCGUAAAGAAGAGUUGAAAAAGAAGUUUUAUGUUAAAGAGAUGUCGUCGAUAUCGACGUUGGAGAUUGCGUGGGAGAAUAAAUCGUUGUGGCCGAGUCGGUUGGACAAAACAUGGUUCUGCUGGCAAGUUGCUCAAACGAAUAAACUCGAGUUGCUCAAGUGGGCGCGAGAGGAGAAAAAGUGUGAGUGGAGUAUAGGGCCGAUUAAUGCGGCCGCAGAACAAGGUAAUCUGGAAAUGGUAAAGUAUUGCGUUGCAAAGAAGUGUCCUAUUGAUGAGAUGGCGUGUGAAUAUGCUGCCUCAGCAGGUCAUCUCGAGGUACUCAAAUACUUACGCGAAGAAGCCAAAGCGCCUUGGGAUUCUUAUACUGCCUUAAGGGCGGCUCAAAAUGGUCAUCUCUACAUACUCGAAUAUCUUGUUGAGCGUGAGUAUGAUGAAUAUGGCGCAUGUGCGUGUAUGUUGGCGGCCAUGAACGGCCACUUAGACUGUUUGAAGUACUUGCACGAAACCGCCAAAGCGCCUUGGGACUAUUUGGCCGUACCAGUAGCGCGCAAGAACAAACACACCGAAUGUGUACAAUACCUCCUCGACAACGACUGCCCAUUACCAGAAGGCUGGCGAUACGAGCACGGCGAGUUACACACGUCGUAA